AUGGUGGCCGCAAGGUCCAAGACAAAGGAUGGCAGGGCGAAACGAAGCUACUACGGCAUCGAUAUUCACGAGCUGAUGAGCCAAGCCUCCAAGGAUCUUGCCGACAAUAAGCAGCCCAAAGCGGCAAGCCCUGACAGCGCUGUUCGAUUCGUCGAAGAGCCAUCUACGGUCGUAGGCAAGAAACCCAAAAAGACGCUGCUCUGGACGGAAAAGUACCGCGCUCGAAGUUUCAUGGACCUCUGCGGGGAUGACGGCACAAAUCGGAUGGUGCUGCGGUGGCUGAAGCGAUGGGACUCGCUGGUGUUCCCAGGAGCGGUCAAAGCUAAACACUCGCGGCGGCCAGGGUCGAUGCACAGGGUCGACGAGGACAAGCCGCACCGCAAGAUACUCAUGCUCACCGGACCUCCGGGCCUGGGGAAAACCACUUUGGCCCAUGUCUGUGCCAGGCAGGCAGGCUAUGAGGUUCUCGAGGUCAAUGCAAGUGAUGAUCGCAGUCGCGACGUUGUGAAGAAUCGCAUCCGAACUAGCCUAGGAACCCAAAGUGUCAAGACGGUCACCAACGCCAAGGACGGCAAGACGCAAAGGCCCGCGAGGCCCAUGUGCGUCAUCGUCGACGAGGUUGACGGCGUCACAUCUGGCUCCGACGCAGCCGUCGGCCGAUUGAAGACGGUGUUUGAGAAGGAGGGAAUCCCUUGUGAAAAGGAUGCGGCAAGAAAGCUGUGCGAGGCAGCCUGGGGCAUUGCCAGUGGCAUCGACGCCAAGCGGGGUGCAGAAAGCACGGUCGAAGGCGAUCUACGGGGUGUCAUGGUGGUUGGCGAGUGGGUGGCUGGUCGAUUCCGCUCGUCGUCUCUGGCGACCAACCGGACGCUCACGAGGCAGUGGAUCGAGAGCAACAUUCUGCACGACCUAUCCAGCGGCGCGGCAGGGGCCCGUGGACUCGGGCGAGGCAGCACCAAGGACAUUAUCAACCGCCUCUUUCAAGAGGGAGGGGGCUUCCCGAAGCAAGCAGUGGAUCUCCCCGACUCCAAGGACAAGGCCAAGAACAUGCACGAACAGCCGCGGGCAGAGCUCGGAUUCGGGGAACAGCAGAAGAAGUACUCGAUGGAGCGUCUCAGCCACAUGAUCAACACGAGCGGGGAGAUUGGCAACAUUGUGACGGGCAUCUUUGCAGAGUACCCGAACCGCGAGUUCAACGACGACUGCUACCUGACGAAACCGAACCAUGCCUACGACUGGCUGCACUUCCACGACAUGUGCCAGUCGCGGCUGAAGCACUUUGGCGGCUUCGAUAGGCGGCGGGGAGCCGACGUGGAGGACGAUGCCGGCCCUCCGAUGCCCUUUUCGGGCCCGCGGGCCGACUACGAGGCGCGCGAGGCGGAGAAGCAGAGCCGAGCGCAGCUGCAGGCGCUGCAGGCGCAGCUGAGUCCGUCGCUGAUGCGGGUGUUCCGCAGCGCCGAGGACGUGGCCGCCGAGUUCCUGCCGUACCUGGUGCGCAUGGUGUCGCCCGAUGUUAAGCCCGUCGUCGUCGGCGGCAGCCAGGGGUCGAUGGCGAGCGUGCGGAAGGAGAGCGAACGUGCCCUGGUCAGGCGGGCGUCGGAGGUGCUGGCCGAGGUGGGCAUUGCGCUGGUCAAGGGCAAGAUUGAGAACGAGACGACCUCUGGGCGCGGACCGCAGUUCGUCUACCGUAUGGAUCCAGACCUCGACGCCCUCUCGGCCUUUGAGACUGGCGCCGCGCUCCUCCUCCCGGGGAAGGCGCCCACGCGCUACGCCGUGCGGCAGGUCCUCGACCAGGAGCUCCAGCGCACCGUGGCGCUGCGGGAGGCGACGGCGCGGCAGGCGCGGUUCCGAGCGGGCAACCCGUCGCGGCCGGCGAUGGCGGCCCCGCCUUUGCCUCUGGGCAAGAAGGCCAAGACGGGAGACGCUGGCGGCGCUGUCCCCGUCAAGAGGGACUUUUUCGGGCGCGUCGUCGAGGUGCGGCCGGUGGUGGAGGCGGAGGCGGAGGCGGGCGCGGCCAAGAAAGAGCUGCGCAAGGUGUGGGUUACGUUCCACGAGGGGCUGAACAAUGCGGUGAGGAAGCCGAUAUCGGUCGAGGAGUUUAUGCGCGGGCUGUAG